UUCGGAGCGGAGGAGGGAACCCCGGCCGUCGCGAGCGCAGAGGAGACAAAGCCACGUCCGGGGGCUCAGCCGGGGGGCUGGGUUCGGAGCUCUGUGUGUCCCCAGUCCGCCGGGAGAUCCGUGCGCCGCCGCCUGGCAACAGGUUCUCCGCCUCGCUCGCGGCCUCGUCCGCGCUCCCCUCCCCCGCGCCCGCGACCCCGGGACACCUCGGCUGGGCCAGGCGGCGGGCUGGACACCAGCUUCCAUGCGGUUUGGGUCCACAAUGAUGCCGAUGUUUCUGACAGUGUACCUCAGUAACAGUGAGCAGCACUUCACAGAAGUCCCCGUUACUCCAGAGACAGUAUGCAGAGACGUGGUGGAUCUGUGCAAAGAGCCUGGCGAGAGCGACUGCCAUUUGGCUGAGGUGUGGUGUGGCUCAGAACGUCCAGUUGCUGAUAAUGAGCGGAUGUUUGAUGUUCUUCAGCGUUUUGGAAGUCAGAGGAAUGAAGUUCGUUUCUUUCUUCGUCAUGAACGCGCCCCUACUAGGGACAUUGUGAGUGGACCAAGAACUCAGGAUCCAAGUCUAAAAAGAAAUGGUAUGAAAGUUCCUGGUGAACAUCGAAGAAAGGAGAAUGGUGUUAGCAGCCCUAGGAUGGAUCUGACUCUUGCUGAACUUCAGGAAAUGGCUUCUCGCCAGCAGCAACAGAUUGAGGCCCAGCAACAACUGCUGGCGACCAAGGAACAACGCUUGAAGUUUUUGAAACAACAAGACCAGCGUCAACAGCAACAAGCUGCUGAGCAGGAGAAACUUAAGAGGCUUAAAGAAAUAGCUGAGAAUCAGGAAGCCAAGCUAAAAAAAGUGAGAGCACUUAAAGGCCACGUGGAACAGAAGAGGCUGAGCAAUGGGAAACUUGUGGAGGAAAUUGAACAGAUGAAUAGUUUGUUCCAACAAAAACAGAGGGAGCUCGUUCUGGCUGUGUCAAAAGUAGAGGAGCUUACCAGACAGCUAGAGAUGCUCAAGAAUGGCAGAAUUGAGGGCCACCAUGACAACCAGUCAGCUGUGGCUGAGCUCGAUCGCCUCUACAAGGAACUGCAGUUAAGAAACAAAUUAAAUCAAGAGCAGAAUGCCAAGCUGCAACAACAGAGGGAGUGUUUGAAUAAACGUAAUUCAGAAGUGGCAGUCAUGGAUAAGCGUGUUAAUGAGCUGAGGGACCGGCUGUGGAAGAAGAAGGCAGCACUACAGCAAAAAGAAAAUCUCCCAGUUUCAUCUGAUGGAAAUCUUCCCCAGCAAGCUGUGACGGCUGCAAGUCGAGUGGCUGCUGUAGGUCCAUAUAUCCAGUCAUCUACUAUGCCCCGGAUGCCCUCCAGGCCCGAACUGCUGGUGAAACCAGCCCUGCCCGAUGGUUCCUUCGUCAUGCAGGCGUCAGAGGGGCCAAUGAAGAUACAGACACUACCCAAUAUGCGGUCUGGGGCCGCUUUACAAAGUAAAGGCUCUAAAAUCCAUCCAUCUGGCUCUGAUUGGAGCCCUUCAAAUGCAGACCUUUUCCCGAAUCAAGGUUCUUCCAUACCGCAGAGCUCUGGGAAUACCCUGGACCAAGUUGAUGAUGAGGAGAUUCUGUUGAGGGAGAAAGAGAAGAAAGUACGUCCCUUCUCAAUGUUUGACACAGCGGACCAGUGUGCUGCUCCACCUUCCUUUGGUACCCUGAGGAAAAACCAGAGCAGUGAGGAUAUCUUGCGGGAUGCUCAGGCUGCAAAUAAAAAUGUGGUGAAAGUACCACCUCCUGUUCCUACAAAACCAAAACAGAUUAAUUUGCCUUAUUUUGGACAAACCAAUCAAUCACCUUCAGACAUUAAGCCAGAUGGAAAUCUUCAGCAAAUGCCAGCAGCUGUUACAUCCAUAGGAAAUAAACCCAAGCCAGUGGGACAGCAGCCAAGGGUACUAUUGUCUCCUAGUGUACCUUCAGGUGGCCAAGACCAAAUUCUUUCUUCAGUAACUAAGCAAGAAAGUCCACCUGCUGUUGCAGUUCGGCCCUUUACUCCCCAGCCUUCCAAAGACACCCUCCUUCCAGCAUUCCGUAAACCCCAGACUGUGGCAGCAAGCUCAAUAUAUUCCAUGUAUACACAGCAUCAGGCUCCAGGAAAAAACUUCCAACAGGCUGUGCAGAGUGCAUUGACAAAGACGCAUCCCAGAGGCCCACACUUUGCCAGUGUAUAUGGCAAACCUGUGAUUGCUGCUGCCCAAAACCCACAGCAGCAAUCGGAAAACAUUUAUUCCAACAGCCAAGGCAAGCCUGGCAGUCCGGAACCUGAAACAGAGGCUGUUUCUUCAGUUACUGAGAACCAUGAAAAUGAAAGAAUUCCUCGACCACUCAGCCCAACCAAAUUACUGCCUUUCCUGUCUAAUCCUUACCGAAACCAGAGUGAUGCUGACUUAGAAGCCCUACGAAAGAAACUGUCUAAUGCACCAAGGCCACUAAAGAAACGUAGCUCUAUUACAGAGCCAGAGGGUCCUAAUGGGCCAAAUAUUCAGAAACUUUUAUAUCAGAGGACCACCAUAGCUGCCAUGGAGACCAUCUCUGUUCCAUCAUACCCAUCUAAGUCAUCCACCUCCGUGACUGUCAGCUCAGAAAGCCCCAUAGAAAUUCCAAAUCCAUAUUUACAUGUGGAGCCAGAGCAGGAGGUCGUCCCUCUGGUUCCUGAAUCACUGUCCUCAGAGGAUGUGGGGAGUGCCAGUACAGAGAACAGUGACAUGCCAACUCCUUCUCCAGGCUUUGAUUAUGUGCCUGAAGGAGUCCCAGAAAGCAGCACAAAUUUGCAGAGUAACACAGAAGAACCAAACCGAGAGGCUCCCCAUUUGCUUGAAGUGUACCUGGAAGAGUAUCCCCCUUACCCACCUCCACCCUACCCAUCCGGGGAGCCUGAAGGGCCUGAAGAAGACUCUGUGCGCAUGCGCCCACCUGAGAUCACAGGGCAGGUCCCUCUGCCUCCUGGCAAAAGGACAAACUUGCGUAAAACUGGCUCAGAGCGGAUUGCUCAUGGAAUGAGGGUGAAAUUCAACCCUCUUGCCUUACUCCUUGACUCAUCUUUGGAGGGAGAAUUUGACCUUGUACAGAGAAUUAUUUAUGAGGUUGAUGACCCAAGUCUGCCCAAUGAUGAAGGCAUCACAGCCCUUCACAAUGCUGUGUGUGCAGGCCACACAGAAAUAGUUAAGUUCCUGGUACAGUUCGGUGUAAAUGUAAAUGCUGCUGACAGUGAUGGGUGGACCCCAUUACAUUGUGCUGCCUCAUGUAAUAAUGUCCAGGUGUGUAAGUUUUUGGUGGAAUCAGGUGCAGCUGUGUUCGCCAUGACCUACAGUGACAUGCAGACUGCUGCAGAUAAGUGCGAGGAGAUGGAGGAGGGCUACACUCAGUGCUCCCAGUUUCUCUAUGGAGUUCAGGAGAAAAUGGGCAUAAUGAAUAAAGGAGUCAUUUACGCAUUGUGGGAUUAUGAGCCUCAGAAUGACGAUGAGCUGCCCAUGAAAGAAGGAGACUGCAUGACGAUCAUCCGCAGGGAAGACGAAGACGAAAUCGAGUGGUGGUGGGCACGCCUUAAUGAUAAGGAGGGAUAUGUUCCACGCAACUUGCUGGGAGUAAGUUUUUUGAACACUUGCUAUGCUUUUUGUGUGUGUGUCAAAGAGGGGCUCUCCAAAAUCUGUUGUGUGUUGUGAAUACAGUGCAGCUUGCAGACUUACAGCCACAUUUUUAGUGAUUCCUACUCUGUCCAAGAGCCCAUUAAUAUAUUUGCCAGAGAAAGUGAGAUUAGCAUGUUCCAAAGCUUUGCAUUAAGCUCUUUUGUAAAACUCAGGUGGUUCUUAGGUGCUUCUGUGUACACAAGAGGGGGUGUGUUAGGUGUGUGAGAGUGAGAGAGAUCUCUCUUGAGAUCUACCUGGAGUAUUUAUUAUCUGGGUAAUCAGGUGGUGGGAGGAAAGUGGGAAGAGCUGGAGAAGCCUGCUUCUUCAGAUUGUUUAUAAGAGUAAUACAGGGCAAUGAUAGAUAUUGUAGUUAUUUUUAUCAGGUGUCAGACAUGGUCUACUCUGACAUCCAGUCCACCUGUAGGGAUUCUGUUUGCCCAAGAUCCUCUGCUGGGGUGCUGCUUUCUGUGGAAUUUCUUAAAAAUCACUCCAGUGCUGGGAUUUGGCAGUCUGAUUCUGACCAGCAUUCCCUCUUCUGACUUUCCCUUUCCCCAUGGGUUGCCUAAGGUACAGUGUAAAUGACUUCAUAUAUAUACCUUGACUGCUGCCUUCCUGAGAGCAUCAUUUAUUGUGAAAUAAACUUCUGAGGUUUAGACAAUAGUCAUUUAUAUGAUACUAAAGUAAAUUUUAAAGAAUAAUGAAGGGCCAGGCAUAGCGGCUCACUCAGCUGCUCAGGCAGUGAUCACAGGAGGAUUGUGGUUUGAGACCAGACCAGGCAAAAAGUUAGUGAGACCCCUUUUUAACAAACAAGCAUGGUGGUACAUGCCGGUGAUCACAGCCAUGCAGAUGGAGGUAAGAAGAUUGAAAUUGUGGGAAAAAAAUGCCAGAUCCUAUCUGAAAAAAUAGCUAAAGCACAAAAG